AUGGAAGGAAGUAUAAUACAAAAGGGUAAACAAGAAGAAGCACUAAAUAAGGUGAAUGCAAUGAGUCUUGGUUCAAGUGAUUAUCCAACGGAUCUAUCCUUACCUGACAUAAAUAAUGGAAUAUAUAGUACAGAUGAGUUUAGGAUGUUUAUAUUCAAAGUGAAGCCUUGUUCAAGGGCUUAUACUCAUGAUUGGACCGAAUGUCCCUUUGUUCAUCCGGGGGAAAACGCAAGGCGCCGCGAUCCGAUGAUAUAUCAUUACACCUGUGUCCCUUGUCCUGAGUUUCGGAAGGGAUCAUGCAGUAAAGGGGAUGCUUGUGAAUAUGCACAUGGUAUUUUUGAGUGCUGGCUUCAUCCUGCUCAAUACAGAACAAGGCUUUGUAAGGAUGAAACCGAAUGCUCCCGAAGAGUCUGCUUUUUUGCACAUAAACCCGAGGAGCUUCGCCCAUUGUAUGCUUCUACUGGUUCUGCUUUGCCUUCACCGAUAUCCUAUUCAAAUUCACCUAGUGCUUCUUCAAUGGAUUAUUUCACAUUGAGCUCUCCGUCCAGUUCGACACAAUCCAUGUCGACACCGCCAUUGACUCCGUCUGCGGCGACAUCUCCUACAGGUGGAAUUGGAACCAUGUGGCCGGCUCAGUCUCAUGCUGCGGUUCCUACACUUCAGUUGCCAAGAAGCAGAUUGAAAACUGCAUUGAAUGCUAGAGAUGAUACUCAAUUUCUCGAACUUGAAAAUCGCCUUAUGCAGAAGCUAAUGAUUGAAGAGAUGACAGGUCUUUCAUUCCCUUCAAAUAGGCUUGUAGGUGUGAAUCCUGCUAACCUCGAAGACAUUCUCGGUUCCCACAUACAAUCUCCAACAUCUAUUCAUGUGCAUCCGAAUGUGACUCAGCAACUUUGGGGCUUUUCUGCUGACCUUACCAAUUCAAAAAAUGAUGCCCUGUCGAAGCGGAGCCAGAGCUUUAUCGAGCGCAGCAGCAUGGAGAACCUUAGUUCUAAGAUUCCUUCUGCUACCUCGGUGGCCAUGGAGCCAUAUGCUAACUUCUCUGAUUGGGGCUCCCCUGAUGGAAAAUUAGACUGGUCCAUCCGUAGCGAUGAACUGAAUAAGAUGAAAAAGUCUUAUUCUUUCGGUUUUCGAAACCAACUUAGCAAUUCAACAAUGGUUGCACAAAAUGCUGAUGAGCAGGAUGUAUCAAUAACCCAUGAAUCAUGGGUUAACUCAGUAGUGCAAUCGGAUCCAUAUUGUGUUGAAGUGUAA